AUGAGCUCCGUCGGUGUGAUGUCCCCGGUAGCUGCUCCAGCGACUGAUUACUAUGAAGAGGAAGAUCUGGAGAGCGCCGAGGAGGAGGAUGACCGGAGUUUCCGGGGCCGGGAGUCUGAUGAGGACACUGAAGAUGCUAGUGAGACUGAUCUGGCAAAGCAUGACAAUGUGGACUAUGUGGAAAUGAAAGAACAAAUGUAUCAAGAUAAGUUGGCUUCUCUCAAAAGACAGUUGCAACAGCUUCAAGAAGGGACAUUGCAAGAAUACCAAAAGCGCCUGAAAAAAUUAGACCAGCAGUACAAAGAAAGAUUACGAAAUGCUGAGCUCUUCCUGCAGCUGGAGACAGAACAAGUGGAAAGGAACUACAUCAAGGAGAAAAAGGCAGCUGUCAAAGAGUUUGAGGAUAAGAAGAUCGAAUUGAAGGAAAAUCUAAUUGCAGAACUAGAGGAAAAGAAGAAAAUGAUUGAAAACGAAAAACUAACAAUGGAAUUGACCGGAGAUUCCAUGGAGGUCAAGCCUAUUAUGACUCGAAAACUGCGACGACGGCCCAAUGAUCCAGUGCCAAUCCCUGAUAAACGAAGGAAGCCAGCACCUGCUCAGCUUAAUUACCUACUUACAGAUGAACAGAUCAUGGAAGAUUUAAGAACCCUAAAUAAGUUAAAAUCCCCUAAAAGACCAGUAUCUCCAUCAACUCCAGAACAUCUUCCCGCUACCCAAACUGAAUCUCCUGCCCAGAGGUUCGAAGCUCGGAUAGAAGAUGGGAAGCUGUACUAUGAUAAGAGAUGGUAUCACAAGAGUCAAGCAAUAUACCUAGAAUCAAAGGACAACACCAAAAUCAGCUGUGUGAUCAGUUCAGUUGGAACUAACGAGAUUUGGGUGAGGAAAAGCAGUGACAGCACAAAGAUGAGGAUCUACCUAGGCCAGCUACAGAGGGGCUUGUUUGUUAUCCGGAGGCGUUCUGCUGCAUAA